AUGAUGCCGCAUCAAGUCUCUACUGGUGACUACUAUACCACUGUGACAAUCCUUACCAUCAUAUUUCGUAAAUUUCAACAUAUCAUAGUACUGAAAGAUACGCUGGCUGGGCAUUAUACCAGUAAGGGGCUCAACCAAGGAGUCACUAGUUUAUCAUUCAGUAUUCGACCGCGGCACUUCAGCCUGACUCCGAACCACCGCCAUUGUCCCUUGGCAAACAUCAUUAUGAUUCCUCCAGGCUCAGAUCAAACUGCACGUCGCCAGGAGCUUGGUGAUGAUCAUGAUGUUAGCCACUGCAGCUUUCAGCCACCUCCAGACUCAAAUGUCAAGAUGUCCGAGUAUGAAUGGUCACAAUGGUGGGAUGAAAUGAUGAACCUGCCGCCAGUGGCAGACUCCGGGUCAGGCUGGCCUGACUCAGAUAUGCGGCCUGCCGCCUCGCUGGACAUCAUAGCACCGCUGUCCCAUGAAAACGAGUCAAACCCGCACAACAGUUCAGCUCCUGCGCCAAGUCAGGUUCAUCACACCCCCGCAGAGACCCCACUAGCCUUAUCCUCCGAGGAAAUUUUGGCCUUGGUCAUGAGUUUCGGUGACUCGGACGCAACUGACAGUGCCCCAGAGGCUGGAGUCACGGCAGUCCCGCAUCCAUACACCCUUGAAGUCGCUGGCAGUGAUGUUCACGCCCGCCUGUCGAAUGUUCGCUUCGACCUGCCGCUAUCAUUGGGUCAGGUUGACUCACCGCCGCCAUCCCGAAGUCGAUACACCCCCUACAAAAUUAUUGACAGGCCUGACAUUCAUCGUGGCAGGCAUGGUCUUAGUGACGAUGCCGAACAUCACGCUGGCCCAUCACAUCACAGCCUGAUGCCAGGUGUACCACAUCCUGCAGCACCAUUGUCUAUGACAUCCGAGUUGUUGCCCCCAACUUCUGCGCUGUUCGGUCUUGAGAGCCUACCCAAGGUAAAAUUGAAGGCCAAAAAGGGCAUGAAACAGUCGAUGCUCGACGAUUCGUUUCUACUUUCAUCCAAGGAAAGAUCAAAAAAGGCGAUUGCCAGUCUCACUGCUGUCGUAACGGCAUUCAAUGAUCCUGAACUUACCUUGUGGUCCCGUGGGAGUGACGCCAAAAAGCACGCAGAAAAAAUUGGCAAGACUGCCAAGCACCUCAGGAAAAAGGUCAAGGAUAUAGUUCGGACGGCAGUCUUAUUUGGCUACAAUUUGGAUGAAGCCUUGGCAACCCAAACACAAGAGGAGAUAGAGCUUACCGUCAGCAACCUUCUGCAAGGCGACGUGUUCCUAUACGGAGAUAUCAAGGUGGGAGGAGAGACUAUAGUCGGCGUGCCCUUUGCGAACAGAGUAGUGCGGCAUUUUGCGCAGCACGUACUGUUCCAUCAACUUGACCUCCAGGAAUAUGUCAACCCCAGCCGAGACCUUGGGGCAUUAUUUGCUUUCAUCGGGACAUUAUUUGAGUGGGCGUUGAGGGAAUUGUCUACUGAUGUUUUCAUCCCCAGUGACUUUGACCUGUCCCGCGCCCGGGUGGCUUUCGACGAAAAGUUGAGUGGUCUCUACAAGUCAAUGAGGGGCGAUGUACGUAGCGUCCUAGUUGCAGGCAUUUACACCCAAAGGGGGCAACCAUCUUAG